GAAAAGCGGUGAAGAAACUACCUCACUGGGAAUGUCAUCAUUACCAACUUCAGGUGGAGUCAGCCGUCCAGCCCGUCCUUUAGGACAGAGCCCUGAGAUAGGUAAUCCUGCGGGCCUUGCUCGCUCGGUCUCUGCUUCAGUCUGCCCUUUCAAGCCCAGUGACCCGGACGACAUCAAACCUAAAGCUGUGAAGGCUUCAGCUGAAUUCCAGAUCACCUCUGAGAAGAAAGACCGUGUUCCUCUGCAGGAUUUUCCUGGUCGUGCUUCUCCAGCAGACCAGAGUCCAGCUAUGCCUUUGCAGAGUUCAUCCGAAGAAGCCAUCGUUGCAGAUAACCGAAGAAGCACCCAGGGCCUCACGUCUCAUCUCCACACGAGACAAGAAACUAGUUUGUCUGUCACAACAAGUAGGAUGCAAGAACCACAGAGGUUCCUAGGUGAAAAGGGUUGGCAUCCAGAAUGUCAGAAUCUGAGUCAAGCGAAUGGCCUUUGGCAGCACGAAGAACCAGAGAGCAAACAGCGUGAGGUUGUACAGCAGAGUGCUCUACGUGACCAGGACCAUCUUUGUAACACAGGGGACCUUGAACUUCUUGGAGGAAGGCAACAGGUUCAAACAGAAAGUGUUGAUGUGGAAGCUACAAUGGAAAAAGACAGGCUGCAGCAGAAUGUGGGUCUUCCAGGUACACAGAAAAAUAUUCCACCUUCAGGAUGCUCUGACUGCUCAAAUUCAGAAACAUUUAUGGAAGUAGAUCUAGAUGAACAGUCUCUAGUCGCUGUGCUUAAUUCAGCAGGCGGUCAGAAUGCCAACGUCAAGAACAUCGGUGCAUCUGAUCUCACCUUAGAUAAUCCCGUGAUGGAAGUAGAAACAUCAAAAUGUACCUCUUCAUCUGAAAUUUUGAGUAAUUCCAUUUCCACUCAAAACUUACAGCUCCCAGAAAGUAAUGUUGAAAUGUCUGGAACAAAUAAAGAAUAUGGGACUCGCUCCCCCUCUUUAAGUCUGUGUAGCGGUUGUCAUCCUUCUGUGGAGUCAGCAGAGGAAUCUUGCUCAUCUAUAACAGCAGCCUUGAAGGAACUUCAUGAACUUUUGGUCAUUAGUAGUAAACCAGCUUCAGAAAAUACAUGUGAAGAAGUCGUCUGUCAAUCAGAAAUGAUAGCUGAGGGCCAAACAGGUGAUGAGGACCUUUCUGAAAGAUGGACCCCAAAUAAGCAUCUCACAGCUACCCAGAGUGAACAGUGUUCACAGGUCUCCUCUCAUCAGGCUGUAUCUGUGUCAAUGAAGACAGAAAAAUUAACAGACACUUCUGCUGGCGCAGGGGUAGAAGAUGUAGAAAAUAUUAACAUCAGGGGUCCAGGCGAUGGCCUGUUAACUGAUAACGAAGGUGUCCCCAAGUCUAAAGAAUCAGUAAACGAGAGCAAUCCUGUCACUCCAGCCUCGGCUAAAAUGUCUAAUCAGUUACACUGCACCUUAGGUGUUGAAAUUUCACCUAAACUCUUAGCAGGUGAGGAUGCACUCAGUCAGACUUCAGAGCCAACUAAGUCCUUGUCAUCAGAUUUCAUCUUGGUUAAAGAUUUGGGUCAGGGCACACAGAAUCCAGUGACAGACAGGCCUGAGACCAGAGAAGAUGUCUGUCUGGAAGCUGCAGGGCCACUUCUUGAAUUCGAGCCACCUACUAGCUACCCAUCCUCAAGUCUCUCCAUUCUUACACCAUUAAUUUUUCCUGCUGCAGACAUCGACCGGAUUCUCCGUGCUGGCUUUACCUUGCAGGAAGCUCUUGGGGCUUUGCAUCAAGUUGGUGGAAAUGCAGACCUUGCACUUCUCGUUUUGCUGGCAAAGAACAUUGUAGUUCCUACAUAACCAUAGAAAAGUGGGCUAGACCUUACUCCAUUCCCUUAAAGAAAGCUAUGUAUACACACACACACACACACACUCACACUCACUCUCACUCACACACACACUCACACACUCACCACAUAUACAGUAUACGUAGGAACCUGCAAGCAGAAUGUUGAGCCAGAUUUUUUUUUUAAAGAUUUUUUUCGGCCAAAGUAAUUUAUGCUCUCUUGUCUGAUGAAUUUGUCUAUUCUAUUUGUUAAAAUUUGGGCCUUUUUAAAUGUAUUGGCAGUAUGUGCAUACAGAAACUUUUUAUUCUCCUUAAGGUGAUGUAUUCUGGAAUAAAAUUGAUGGUUUCGUGUAUAGCAUACCAUUUUAGAAUGAGAGUGAAUGCUUUGAAAAGCAGAAGCUGUGAGAAAUCCCACCACCCAUGCAGCUAAAAGGUGAUUAUCUUCACACUUUGGCUGCGUCUGUGCUGUAGGCAAGGUAUGGCUUGUUGAUUCAGUUGUCAAGUUACAAACUUUUGACCACGUGGUUUGGUGUUUGGAAUUCUACCCAGUGCUCUCUGUGUAUUAUGAUUCACCAGUUAUAACGGGAAAUUGGAGAAUAAUUGAAUAAUAUUCUAGAGUGGUUAUUUAUGUGGUUAGGAUUUGACAUUUUAAAGGAAUCAGUCAAAAGGGUUUAAAACUUGGGUUACUUUGUAUAUCACAGGCUGCUGCAUAGAUUGCCAAAUGCCUUGGAUGAAAUCUUGUGGGAGAAUUUUCAUUAGAUUGAAACAUGGUGCUACCCAGAUUUAAAAAAACAAACAAACCUGUAAUUCCAUUUGCAAAUGUCUUGGUGAUGUUUCAAGAACUGUGAGUGAAAAAUAAUGGCCUAAAACACUGGAAUUUACUAGAGAUUGGGUUUGCUAGCAUCUCACUGAUUACACCUCAACCCUGAAUGACUAAUGAUGAACUUAAGUUCGGCCGAUGGGUUGAUUGCCAGCAGUUUGUUUCCUUUCUAAACUCAUCUUCUAGCAGGUUCUAUAGCUCAGUUUGAGCUGUGAACUGAGUGAAAGAGGAAGCGUGAACCUUGUCACCAGUUCAUCGCGGUGCUCGAAAUGGUCGGUGUGUUCGGUGGCUGUCCGUCACGGCAGUGGAAGUAGCAGAUGCAGUUUCUGACUUAAGUGGCCUUGGUAGAGUUUUUCAUCCUUUCCUUUCCUCAGGAGUUUCUUUUUUUAAGCAAGAUUCGCCAUAUUUGUGUUUACUGUGUCAAGUUAGAGUGGGGCAUAGUAUGUAGAUGUAUUUAUUGUGGCCUUUUUUUAUAUGAGGACGAGCCCUUGGGAAUCAUUGUUCUGUGGGCCCCACUGUGCAAUAAUCCUACUGGAUAGAUUUUAAAUAUUUUUUUUUUUUUCCCCUGGAAGCUCUCUUAUGUACCUAGCAGGAAUCUAAAAGGUUGAUUUUAUUGAAAAGAAUUUUGAGCAUGAUAAUUCGCAAUUCCAGGUUACAGUUUGCAAUGUGUUUGAAACAGAACUUUUGAAAGGGUGAUUUGUGAACUUAGUGUUAAAUGAUUUUGUCUAAAGUCCGACUCUCUUUGAAAACUUAUUCCUUCCAUCAAAAUUCACAUCAUUUAGCACAAUCAAAAUGGAGGCUCAUAUCUCAGGAGUUUUUGAAAUUUUAAUUUGGGUACACUUAAAGACAUUUCUACUCUAUUCCAUCCUCUUUCUUUUGGCUGUGAUGUUUGUGUGUGUGUUAGGAGACUUUAGAAAUGUUACAGAAAGUAACAUAGAUUCAUCAUGAUCCUCUGAAGUUAGGAAGUGAUUGACAGGAGUUGUAGUUCACAGUUUUCAAGAGGGCACUCAGAACAACAGGGUAGCCAGAUUGUCUUUAAAAUGUCCUUUUAGACAAUCACAUGUUACAGACCCUUUUGCUUGCCCUACACCAAAGAUGUAAGAUGCGCUAGGAAGCUGCUUAUAGGAUUUCUGUCAAUCAAUUCUUAGAGCUGUGAUUGUAAUUAAGUAGUUGAUUGAAGCAAAAUCUAAUGACAAUGCAAUGGGCCCCUGUAUUUACUUUAUGGGUGGUGGUUUGGAAUUUAUUCUAAACUAAUAAAUCUUUAGGGCCACGGAGUGAGGUGGAUGUCAGGUGGAUGUUGGGUAGAGGAACUAACCAAUGACAAUAGGCUCCUCCAAAAAGGCCUUUUGUGUGAAGAGAGGCCUCAGGGUUUCCUGUGUGAGUAGAUGGCUUAUACCACUCAGAGGCUUGGCCACUGACUUUUCACAAUGUGGAGAUUUGAGGAUCUAUCCCAGGGGGAGUAUGAAUAUCAGUCUGGAAAAGGUUUCAUUGCAAUAGCUUUUUAAUGUAUAUGUAUAUUUAUUUCUAGAAAAAAAGUUGACUAGGCCUCUAAUUGUACAUGUAUUCUUGUUAGGAAUACUUCAAAUGAGUUUAACCCACUUGCCAAAUAUCCUUGCCCUUUUUCAUCGUUUAUUUUUCAGUGUGUUUAAUUGAUUUUAAUUUUAAGAUCCUCCUGUCCAUUUGUAUGAAAGUAAAGUCGUUGCCGUUGUUAGGGUUUUGAAGGAUGUUUAAAUUCGGCAAUUCUAGAACACAAAGGGAAUUAAGGAACAUGACGCUAGUGAACCUUCAUUGUCAACUUUUAUUCAACGUGCAGAAAUUAGAGAUUAACUCCUCCAAGAAUAAGACAAAAUCAUUGUGAAACUCCUCUGGUUACCAACAGAACUGAUAACAGCCAGCCAUAUCCAGUAAUGGGCCACUUUACUGGACAACUCCUUUGCCAUAACCAGUACUGGACAAGCUCUCUUGAUUAGCGCGUACCUCCAAGGAUGGUCUCAGUUUAUUCACCAAAGAGAGGAGAAGGUUUUUAUGUAUAACUUCUGCAUUUUCCCUUGAGAUGGUUCCUGUUUGUAAGAAUGUGCUUGGUAACUAGACAGCUAUAUCUAGGCUAUAGAUUUUGCCCAUUAAAGCUGGUAAGAAUUAUUUCUACUUGGACCUGUUUAGACCUCCAGACACCAGCCAGUAGCCUUCAUCCCACAGUUUGGGCUUUAGCUGUAAAUAUACAAGAUUACCAGUUGCUUGGCAAAAGGAACUGGAUAGAUGGUGAGUGUGCGUUAAAACUGUUUGCCUUGCAGCCUACGAAACUUCCUAGAGCUCCUUAUCUCCAUAUGCACUAAAGGGAAAUGAACCCCAUGUGUUUUUUUCCCAAAGCAUUUCUCCAGCAAGAGGGUUGCAUAAAAAUGAAAAGAUAUAUGAGACUUUGUAUCACAGAUUUUAUGAUAACCAGUUAAAGUGGAAUCUGCCUGUUCUUCCUUUAGCACUUCUGUCUCUAGUAAAAGCCAUAAAAAUUUCAUUGGUUUAACCAUCAGCUCAUGUGUAUAUAUACAUGUGAUUGACAGAUGCCGUACAGUUCAUUUUACAUAGAUUAAAAAGCAAACAGUUUUCAUAUCUACAGAUAUGUUCUUCAUUGGUGGUGGCUUUUCUCCCACCAUGUGUAUAAAAAACUGCCUUGCAGGUAACUGGCCAGGAGAGUGCAUUCUGAUUUCUUACCUGUUUGCCACCUGCCAUGAGGGUAAAGAGGAUCAUUGAACUGUUACAUAUUUCAGACUUAUCACUGGUAACGUAAGGGAAGCUAACUGGAUUGUGCAUUCUGCCAUUCCAAAAAUACCAAAAAGCCAAAUUUUUCCUUCCAAUUUGGUGACUUAGUGUAGUCUGACUAAACAAACAAAAAAAAAAACAAAGUUAUCAAAAGUUUCCCUUCCCAGAAGAUGGAUGUUGCCUUUCAUGGUAGGAGUCCCAAAAAAUAAACAUAGCUUUGUCUAUGAAUUAAAAAUACCGAUUCUUAACAAAGUAAGUUCAAGCAUGUCCUUGAGAACUGGAAAUGUAAAAUCAUGGCUCAAAUUCUGUACUUUAGUGGCCCCUCGGUAGGUGUCACUAAGAGUUCAUUGAAUAAACUGAAGAACUUAGGGGUGAACCUUC